CCGCCCGUGCGCCUCAGCUCGCUGCUGCUCAGCACCACCAUCGAGGGCGGCUCGGGGCUCAGCUCGCCCCGGGGGCUGCGCGCUGCUGAGGAGGUGCCGGAGUGGUUCCGACCCAAAGGCUCGGCCGGGAGCUGGGAGCUCGGGUCCCGCCGUGUGCUGCGGUCGGCGGUGCGGGGAUCCAGGCGGGCACAAGCUGCGCCGUCCCCGCGGGAGGCGCCGAGCCCUGCCCGGGGAGCGCUGCCGCCCGCUGGGGGUGAGCCACAGCCCCCUGCGCCCGCUUGUGAGGAGCCCUGCGAGGCUCCAUCUCAUCUCAGGAGAGAUUCGGCAAAAAGAAGCUCGAGCUGUCGCGCAGACCUCGCCAAAGAGUACCAGCUCGUGCCAGUGGUGGUCCUGGAACCUCUGGAAUUGACAGUGCGAUUGAAGAGCAUGAAACUCAACACGCAGGCUGAUGUUCAACCUGCCUGCCCGCAGCCGGGAUCUCCCGUGGGCCGCCAGGGGAUCCUGGAGAACAGGCACAAAAGGACCAAGGGUGUCCCUGGGGAGGGCAGCACCUGCAGGAAAGCUUGUAUCAGUGGCUUCAGUUCCAGCCGCUGGGGCAGGCACACCAGGCUCCGUCCGAAAAGGCUCAAGAACAAGAGACAGCAGCAGCCCAAUAACUCCAUUUUCAGGCUCCAGACAAGGCAAAAACGAAUUCGGAAGGGAGCUCUGGAGAUGUCUGUAGGUGUCAGAGACAAUGACUAUUCACUCAAUAGCUCUUAUUCCUGGGCUAGAGUUCGGGCGUCUCUGUCCUUCCAUAAAAAGAAGAAAGUGACCACAGAUGAGAGUUUCUGCAGCAGCACCCUCUGCACCCCUUCAGGGAAAUCCCAGAUUUCGGGGUACCAAGCCAGCCUGUCUGCUGGAAAAGCUCAGGGCUGCUCCUGGCUUGCUUCCUCCAUGGUCCUGCUGGCUCCCAGGGAUUCCUCCUCUGCCCUGGAGCUGCUCCUGACAGAUGCAGAGAAAGUGUUUGGAGAAUGCAACCAGGAAGGGCCUAUUGCUUUUGAGGAAUGCAUUCCUUUAAAUAAGAUGAAAGAUUGCAAGAAGAUUGGAGAAGGGGUGUUUGGAGAGGUGUUCCAGAUUGACAGCGAGAGAGGACCCGUGGCCUUAAAAAUAAUCCCCAUUGAGGGGACUGAAAAAAUAAAUGGUGAGGCUCAGAAGAGCUUUGGGGAGAUUCUGCCUGAGGUAAUAAUUUCAAAAGAACUCAGUCUUCUGUCUGAGGGCUCUGUGAACAGAACUGUGGGGUUCAUCAGCCUGUACUCUGUGCACUGUGUCCAAGGGGCCUAUCCCGGGUAUCUGCUCGAAGCCUGGGACAAAUUCCACGAAGAAACAGGCUCAGAAAAUGACCGGCCAGACAUUUUUGGGGCCCAGCAGCUCUUCAUGGUGCUGGAGUUUGAGUUUGGAGGCAGGGACUUGGAGCACAUGAGGAGCAGCUUCUCCUCAGUGGCAUUAGCCAGGAGCAUUUUGCACCAGGUGACAGCGUCCCUGGCCGUGGCAGAGCAGGAGCUGCACUUCGAGCACAGGGACCUGCACUGGGGGAACGUUCUGGUCAAAAGGACAGAGGUGAAAGAGCUUCAGUAUAUGCUGAGUGGAGAAACACACUCCAUCCCCACAGCUGGGAUCCACGUCAGCAUCAUCGACUACACGCUGUCCCGGCUGGAGAAGGACGGGCUCACCGCCUUCUGCGACCUCUCCACGGACCAGGAGCUCUUCCAGGGCUCUGGGGACUACCAGUUUGACAUCUACAGGCAGAUGAAAGAGCAGAACAACAACAGCUGGACUGACUAUCACCCGCACAGCAACGUCCUCUGGCUGCACUACCUGGCUGAUAAACUUUUGAAAGGCAUGAGCUACAAGAAGAAGGCAUCAACUCCUGCCCUGAAGAAAAUCAAGAGGCAGCUCAACAAGUUCCACGAGGAAGUGCUGAGCUUUGGGUCUGCCCAUGAUGUUCUGCACCACAGCAGCCUCUUCCAGUGAGCAGAGGUCCAAGGACCGAGCCCCUGGUGCUGCCUUUCUCCUCUGCUUUUUAUAUCUGUUGGCACAAUGAAGUGUUUUGGUUGGUUCCCAAUGUGUUUAAUACAUUAUCAAAAAUGUCCUGAAAAAUCACCCUCAAAGUCUUCUGCUCUAGGAUGUUUCCACCUUCUGGUUUUGAGGAGCGUUGGAGGGGAGACAACAGGGCUGACUUUGGAGAAAGGAGGGGAGAAGAGACUUUGUCAGGCUUAGUUAAUGCUCUGAAUUUCACAUAAAUUGCCAUUUUAGCCUUAGAAUAUUAAAAGUUUUUUUUUUACUGUAUUGUCUUUUUUACAGAUUCUUGUUUUAAAGGUAAAAACUUUUCAGUUCUUCACAGUGAGGACAAUGGUUAAAUAUUGUUGGCUCACUGGAGACAGAGGGGAAAACCCAUCCUUUGAUUUAAUUUUGCAAAAUUUAUACCUGGAAUGAAGGUACAAAAUGUAAAUAUGUGAAGUUUCUGUAAAGGGUUUUAAACCCACUAAUCUGCAGUAAUCUGGUAGCACUGAAGCAAUUUCUCCCUUUAUCUACAGACUAAAAUGCCCAAGGUAACAAAUGUUCUUUAGCCCUGGCUGCAGGUGGACCAGGUCUCCUAAACUGGAAGCUCUUCUUACAUUAAAUCCCAGUUCCCUGUUUUCAAGAAGUCCUUUGCUAACAUUUCUGUUUAUUAAAGAAACUGGGCUAAAGAGAACAAUAAAUCAUACUAAAGUGAAAAGUAAAUUAAAUGAUGAUCCAAUGACACAGAUGCAUUAAGAAAUUAAGAGGCAGCAUCAUCUAAUUCAUUAUAACUGGAAUGCUGUCCAUGCAGUCUAAUAAAUAAAUAUAUAUGUGCAUCUCAGAGAUUCAUCUUGGACCCUCUGGAAGUUUCCUUUUUGCAAACCCAACAAGAAGACCCUAGGAUUUAUUGUUCUUCCUUCCAGACACUGCAGAAAGUGACCUGACAAUCUGCAGUGCUUCAAAUUAUUAAGAUGGAAAUUGUGCUGGAAUGUUCCCAGGCAUCCUCUCAACCUUUUUUUACCCCCCUCUCUAAUUAAAUAAAGUAAUGCUCUGUAAUUGAACAGUCUUAAAACCCACUUGGUAAGGCCUGCAAUGAAUCUGACAUCAAGGAGUGUUCCUCAGUAACAA